UCAGUUGUCACUCCUCAGAGUCUCCGUUUCUGCGCAGAGAUCACAGAGGAACCACAAAAAAGGAAAGAAGGAAAUAUGGGGAGGAAGAAGGGAGUGGUUUUCGACGAGGGAGCUCCAGAUGACUUCGACCCGGAGAACCCGUACAAGGACCCGGUUGCCAUGCUGGAGAUGAGGGAGCACUUGGUCAGAGAGAAAUGGAUCGACAUCGAGAAGGCCAAAAUCCUCCGGGAGAAAGUCAAGUGGUGCUAUCGGGUUGAAGGGGUUAAUCAUCUUCAAAAAUGCCGCCACCUCGUCCACCAGUAUCUCGACGCCACACGCGGCGUCGGAUGGGGGAAAGAACAACGCCCCCCUUCUCUCCACGGUUCUCCAUUUCUUCCACCUUUUUUUUGUUCUCGCAAGUAUUCCAUUUCACGAGCUAAGGGUUGGAAUCCUCUAAUAUCUCAUUAA